AUGGCUUCAACAUGUCCACCACCGGCGUAUACCGCUGGCACAGCUCUUCCAUCUUACGAUGAACUCAUGAAGCGUUUCAAUGACCGUGUUGGCGCGAAUCCUACACCGGAAAAGUACCUCGAAGUUGGAGAUACCUUUAGUCUCCAGGAAAUCGAGAUCCUCGUCAACAACGGUCCUUGCGAACCUCCCUUUACUUGCCCCGAGGAUGCCAAGAAGUUUAGAGUCUCAGCUGGAAAGGGACUGUCUAGUAAAAUCACCUUGGAUGCGCUCAAGCAAGGUGCCGAAGAAGCCACAAAUGCUGCUCAGCGGUUGCGACGGAUGUUUCGAGAGCUCCACGAUAAAGUCAUUGAAAUAGAUCAGAUUGAGGUGUCUGGUUUUGAGCCGGACAUGAGAAAGUUUCAGGAAACCGGGAAGGAGUUUGAGAGCAUUCUGAGUGGCAGUCGCGCGGUUGCGACGCAGAUUAGCAGUUUCGGGACACGUCUCGACAAGUUGAUUAUCCCAUUUGUCAUGGAUGAAGAACUUGGACUCGAGGACAAAAAGCGGGUAGUUCGUCAAUUCAUUGAUGGAGCAAAAGGUCAUGAGAAGUCUGCGAAAAAUGUUCAGACCAAACUGCUGUCGCUGCAAACUCGGUUUAUAUCAUUUGUUCCGCGGUUUGACAGUUGGGCCCAAAGAAAAGAAGGCGAUCUGCACGAGUCGAUAAGGGCUAUUCAAAGAAUGUUGGAAUUUCUUCAAGGGGAGCUUCUCAAGAUUGAAGAGAAAAUUCGAGUGGUUCAAGGCAUUAUGGGUUUGUCCGGUGCCCUCAUGCUGGGGGCGCUGGCUGGCGGCCCCGUAGGACUCAUACUAGGCAUAUUCGGAUUCAUAGGAGUAACUGCGUCGGCAGCUAUCCUAGUAUCCUAUUACCGCAAACGUUCAGAUGUUCAACGCCAGAUUUUGGCAAAAGAGAAUGAAAUCGAGGAGAUUCGGAAGGAAAUUCAAAAGAUUCAGGACGCCCGAGCUGGAAUCACGGCCCUUAGAGAUGAGUAUUUGCCGACCAUCAACGAUAGCAUCGAUAUACUUCAUUCAUAUUGGCAAAGGAUUAUUGGCGAUGCUCAGCGUCUCCUCGAGUACUUGAGCGGGGCCGAGGACAUAGAGAUACCAGAGUAUCUCGAUGAUUACAUCAACGAAGGCAUUGCCGUGUAUUCAAGUAUCGCGGAAUAUAUCAAAGACUUCGCGCGGGGUAUCUCUGGCGUGCUGGGCGAGGAGUUUAUCGACCCGCCAGUUGACUCUAACCUCUUCGAUUAG